AUGUGGGCCUGGAUACUGUGGACGCUCCCUCUACUCUGCAAAUUUGGCCUGGCAGACCUGCCAACUAAGCCUGAGAACAUUUCUUGCGUCUUCUACUAUAGGAAAAAUUUUACUUGCACCUGGAGUCCAGAGAAAGAAGCUAAUUUUAUAUCAUACACAGUCAGGAGAACUCUGUGUUAUUUACAUGAAAAUGAUACUUGUAAUUCUACAAGUGAAAAUGGUUCUUCAUGCUCUUUUUAUUCAAGAUUAACACCACCAGAUAUUUACAUUAUUCAAGUGGAGGCUCAAAAUGCAUACGGUAUAAUUAAAUCUGAUAUAACAUAUUGGGACUUAAAUACCAUAACUAAAAUCGAGCCUCCUAAGAUUUCCAGUGUGAAACCAGUUUUGGGCCUUGAAAAAAUGGUUCAAAUAAAAUGGACACAGCCUGUGUUGGCACCUAAGUCAUCUACUUUAAAUUAUACACUUCGAUUCAGAGCAGUAAAUAGUACCCACUGGAUGGAAGUCAACUUCACCAAAAGCUGUGUGAAUGAAGAAGAAGCAUAUAACCUCACAGGGCUGCAGGCUUUUACAGAGUACGUUGUGGCUCUGCAAUGUGUGGCUCACAAGUCAAGGUUCUGGAGUGGCUGGAGUCAAGAAAAAAUGGGAAUAACUAUGGAAGAAGCUCCAUAUGGCCUGGAUCUAUGGAGAAUCCUGAGAUCAGACAAAGUGGAUGGAAAAAGGCUGGUGCAGUUGUUGUGGAAGAAGGCAAAAGGAACCCCAGUCCUGGAGAAAGUACUUGGUUACAACAUAUGGUAUUUUCCAGAAAACAAUACUAACCUCACAGAGACAUUGAACACUACUAACCAGCAGCCUGAACUGUACCUGGGAAACCAGACCUACUGGGUACAUGUGAUUUCUUAUAAUUCUCUUGGGAAAUCUCCAGAGGCCACCUUGAGGAUUCCAGCUAUUGAUGAAAAGUUGUUCCAGUGCAUUGAGGCCAUGCACACCUGCCUCACUCAGGACCAGCUGGUGGUGGAGUGGCAAAGCUCUGCUCUGGAGGUCGAUACAUGGAUGGUGGAGUGGGUCCCAGACUUGGACUCAAAGCCCUUGGCCAUUUCCUGGGAGUCUGUGUCUCAUACCAGGAACUGGACAAUCCAGCAAGAUGAACUGAAACCUUUUUGGUGCUAUAAUAUCUCUGUGUAUCCAAUGUUGCAAAACCGAGUGGGCGAGCCCUUUUCCAUCCAGGCUUAUGUCAAAGAAGGUGUUCCAUCAGCAGGUCCCGUGACGAAGGUGGAAAACAUUGGUGUGAGGACAGUCACAAUUACAUGGAAGGAGAUUCCCAAGCAUCAGAGAAAUGGUUUCAUCAACAAUUACACCAUAUUUUACCAAGCUGAAGAUGGAAAGGAAUUCUCCCAGACAGUCAACUCCAGCAUCCUGCAGUAUGACCUGGAGUCCCUGACACGAAAGACCUCUUACACUGUUCGGGUCAUGGCCAGCACCAGAGCUGGGGGAGCUAAUGGCCCCGGGAUAAGCUUCAAGACAUUGUCAAUUAGUGUCUUUGAGAUUUUUCUUGUAACUUCUCUGGUUGGAGGGGGCCUUCUUAUUCUCAUCCUCCUGACGGUGGCAUAUGGCAUCAAAAAACCCAACAAACUGAAGCACCUAUGUUGGCCUGAUGUUCCCAACCCUGCUGAAAGCAGUAUAGCCACAUGGUGUGGAGAUGAUUUCAAGGGAAAGCUAAAUCUGAAGAAGUUUGACAACUCUGUGAACAGAGAAGAAGACAGGAUUCUAAAACCAUGUUCUUCACCCAAUGGCCUUAUUGACAAGUUGGUGGUGAACUUUGAGAAUUUUUUGGAAGUGGUUUCCGCUGAGCAUCCUGGGAAGGGUUGGGAAAAUAUCUUGGGAGGGGAAAAGAAUGAGUACGUGACCUCCCCAAACAGGCCUUAUUGUCCCACUGUUUCAACCGAGAUUCCACCCAGAGGGUCCCAGUGCCUGUGUCCUGGGGUGCUAGAGGAGACCUGCUCAGAAGCCAGAGGGCAGCUUCUCCCUCCCGCCCAAGGCUUUGGGCCAGACCAUCUCUGUGAGGAAGGAGCAUCAAACCCAUACUUGAAAAAUUCAGUGACCACCAGAGAAUUUCUUGUGUCUGAAAAACUUGCAGAGCAAAUCCAAAGAGAAGUGUAA